AUGUAUGCAAUUGUUAAUGAUUCAUCUAAAUUUAAACGUCUGUCUACUGAUCCAACAGUUGCUAGGGAACAAAAUCUUAUAAAAUUAUUAAACCGAUUGUUAAAAGAAAAGUCCAUAACAGAACAAUUUUUCAAAAUGUCAUGUCCUAAAGGUUCAAAUCCCGGUCGACUUUAUGGACUACCAAAAAUUCAUAAAGAUAAUAUUCCAUUAAGACCAGUACUUUCUGCUAUAGGAACGUUCAAUUAUGGACUUGGCAAAGCUCUAACAAAUAUCUUAUCGGAUAUUAUUGAAAAAGAAAAGAUGGUUCGAGAUCCUUUUUCAUUCGUCGAAGAACUGAAAACAUUACCUAAAUCAUUUUCUAAUUACAAGAUGGUAUCAUUCGAUAUAUCUAGUUUGUACACGAAUGUACCACUUGAUGAAACUAUAGAAAUUAUUCUUAAAAACUUGUACGAAACUCGUGCCACACCACCAACCAUUCAACGCGAUGAUAUGAAACAGCUUUUAAUUUUUGCUACAAAAAAUACACAUUUUCUUUUCGACAAUAAUCUGUAUGAUCAAGUAGAUGGAGUAUCCAUGGGGUCACCUUUAGCUCCAUUACUGGCCGAAAUCUUUUUGCAAGAUUUUGAAAAAAAGCAUUCAUCAACUUUUACAAGUAUGGGUAUAGUCUAUUGGAAGAGAUAUGUUGAUGAUACUUUUGUCUUGAUUGAUUCAACAUUUUCAGCAAAGGAUAUUUGUACGAAACUAUCACAAUUUCAAAAAUCAAUUAAAUUUACUUGUGAAGAAGAAGCAGCAAAUACAAAUACACUUUCAUUUCUUAAUAUACUGAUCCAAAAGCAACCGGGUAUAGGUUUUGCUACUAAAGUCCACAGAAAAGAAACAUUUUCCGGUCUCAUUACACAAUGGAGUAGCUUUGUACCAAAAGCAUAUAAGCAACAUUCGCUUGAAUCAAUCUCAAGUAGUUUUAACUUGAUGGAUUGA